AUGGGUAUCAGAUACAAUGUCGGAGGCAAAGUUGCAUUGGUCACCGGCGCAGGAUCAGGAAUCGGCCUCGCCAUUGCCCAAAGACUUCUUGCGCACGGCUGCUCAGUGAUUUUUGCAGACUUGAAUCUACGUGCAGAAGCUACGGAUACCAUUUCCAAGUUUCCCCAUCCACCAGCUGACGCCGUUCACCCCUCAGCUGUCUUUCACAAGACAGACAUAACCAACUGGUCUGAUUUAACUUCGCUCUGGACAACAUCAGUGGACACCUUCGGUCGUGUCAAUAUAGUCAUCAACAAUGCAGGCAUUUUUGAGCCUCCUUGGUCAUCCUUUUGGAACCCGCCGGGGAUUUCUCCACAGUCCAGAGACCCUGUCGACGCUGCAGUGGGAUCAUACCACAUUUUCAAUGUCAAUACCAUAGGUCCCAUCCGCCUAGCACAGAUGGCGGUGGACUAUUGGCUGCAAAACAGGGACACCGAAGGCAACCUGCUCUGGGUUUCUAGCAUGGGAGGUUACGUCCACUUAAUCCAGACACCAUUCUACUUUGCGAGCAAGGCUGCCAUCCUGAGUGUGGUCAAAUAA